GAGUGAUAAGAUUGGGAAAUAUGUUUUGUAAUAUAUUUCUAGUCCUGAGGAGAAAAUUUGUUUAUAUCACAAUAUUUUUAUAUUCUUUUGAUAUGACAGUAAAAAAUAAGUUGUGAAGGAAGAAAAAAAGGGCUAUAUUAUAUAUGGACUGUUAUCACGCCAUUCAUCUUCGCAAAGGCUUACCCUUAUUUGGCUUAUGGCUUUUGAAAACAAAUCAUUUUACAUCCUCUGUCCAUCCUUCCUUCAUUGCCUUCUUCUUCUUUUUCUUCUUGUUUUACCAACUUAUUCGUCUUCUCAGCCUUAUAAAAAUGUAACUUUGGGUUCAUCUCUCACAGCAACUCAACAAACUAAUGAUUCCUACUGGGUCUCCCAAUCUGGUGAUUUCGCUUUUGGGUUUCUACCGUUGGGAAGUAAAGGUUUUUUGUUGGCCAUUUGGUUCGACAAAAUUGAUGAAAAAACUGUGGUUUGGUCGGCUAAUCGCGAUAAAUUAGUACCUAAAGGAUCCACAACUCAAUUUACUAAUAAUGGCCAACUUGUGCUGAACGAUCCGGGAGGCAAUCAAAUAUGGAUGGUAAGUUCCUCGGUAAGUACUAAUCGAUCGGUUUCCUAUGCUGCAAUGCUUGAUAGUGGAAACUUUGUGUUGGUUGCCACUAAUUCUGAAAUUUUAUGGCAAAGCUUCGAUGUACCUACCGAUACAAUUUUACCAUCACAAAUUUUGAAUAUGGGCGAAGCUCUGGUGGCUCGUUAUUCAGAAACCAAUUACUCUAGUGGAAGAUUCCAACUUUUGAUGCAAAUUGAUGGGAAUCUCGUGCUUUCCCCCCAUUCAUUCUCUUUAGAUACAAUAAACAUAGUUUAUUGGACAAGUAACACUACAGGCUCUGGCUUCCAGCUUGUAUUCAAUCUCACUGGUUCCAUUAAUGUGCUUGCAAAGAAUAAAACCAUUCUUACAACCGUGGUAUCAAAUGCCCAUUCACCACAAAAUUAUUACCUUCGAGCGAUUCUUGAGCAUGAUGCAAUUUUUAGAUUGUAUGUUUACCCAAAAGCGACAAGUAAUUCAUCUAUGCCUAAAACAUGGACUCAAGUGUCAGACCCUGUAAACAUCUGUAUCAUGGUGAAUGAUGGCAUAGGAAGUGGUGUUUGUGGAUUUAAUAGCUAUUGUAAGUUUGGAGAUGAUAAAAGGCGGCCAUUGUGCACUUGUCCACCUAGCUAUGUCUUACUAGAUCCAAAUGAUGAGAUCAAGGGUUGUAAGCCCAACUUUGUUGCUCAAAGUUGUGAUCAAUCUUUUCCUGAAACAGAUGACUUCGAAUUUGUUGCUUUGGAAAAUACGAAUUGGGCUCAAGGUGAUUAUAGCUAUUUUAACCCAGUAAGUGAGGAAUGGUGCAGAAAUGAUUGUUUGAAUGAUUGUUUUUGUGUGCUUUCCACUUUCAAAUAUGGUGAAUGUUGGAAGAAGAGGUUUCCUUUAAUUUUUGGACGAAUGGAUCGUAAUGUUAGUGAUGAAAAAUCUCUUCUCAAAGUCAGGAAACAUAACUCUACUUCCAAAUCUAAUAAUCUUGUUCAGAAUCAAAGCAACAAAACUUCAAUAAUAGUAGUCAUAGGAUCAGUUCUAUUAGGAAGCUCUGUAUUUUUAAACUUUCUCUUAUUCCUUCUUACAUUAUUCAUUGCUUACCAUUUCAGCCAAAGGAAACCAAAGAUCAUUCGAAAAAACCCUUUCAUUUUAGGUGUGAAUAUGAGGAUUUUUAGCUAUGAAGAGCUCAACAAGGCUACAAGUGGAUUCAUUCACCAAUUGGAGUGUAGCUCUUUUGCUACUGUUUAUAAAGGUAUUAUUGAUUUUGGCAACAACAAUAGUUUGGUGGCUAUUAAAAGAUUCAACAAUGUGGUGGGAGGUAGAGACCAAGAAUUUAAAGUUGAAGUAAGCACUAUUGCUCGAACAAACCAUAAGAACUUAGUUCGAUUGCUUGGUUUCUGCAAUGAAGGAGAACACAGAAUGUUGGUGUAUGAGUUCAUGCAUAAUGGGUCUCUUUUAAAUUUCCUUUUCGGAAACUCGAAACCAAAUUGGUGUGUUCGAAUUCAAGUUGCUUUAGAGACAGCCAGAGGACUAUGUUAUCUACACGAAGGGUGUAGUACUCAGAUCAUUCAUUGUGAUAUUAAGCCUCAUAACAUCCUUCUGGAUGAUUCAUUUACCGUAAGGAUUGCAGACUUUGGUCUGGCAAAACUUUUGAGAAAAAAUCAAACUCUAGCUUUGACAGCAAUUAGAGGAACCAAAGGAUAUGUAGCUCCAGAGUGGUUUAGAAGCCUCCCCAUCACAGUGAAGGUGGAUGUUUAUAGUUUUGGGAUAUUGUUGCUAGAGAUUAUAUGCUGUAGAAGGAAUUUUGAGGAGAAAGCAAACGAUGAAGAACAAAUGGUUUUGGCAGAUUGGGCUUAUGACUGCUUCAAAGAUGGGAAAGUGGAGCUAUUGGUAGAAAAUGAUGAGGAAGCAAAGAUGGAUUUGAAGAGGGUGAAGAAGUUUGUGAUGAUAGCAAUUUGGUGUAUUCAAGAGGAACCAUCCUUAAGGCCCACCAUGAAGAAAGUUCUACAGAUGAUGGAAGGUGCUAUUGAAAUCUCCUUUCCCCCUCACCCAUCUUCCUUCAUUAGUUCAAUUUCCUAAUACUUUCUUUUCUAUAAUUUACUUUAUAUUAUUUCCAAUAAUUGCUAGAUAUGAAAGAUCAAAACUAUGAAUCUGUAGAGGGAUAAAUUAUGUCUCAUCUGUGUAUAGUGGAAUAAAAGAAUAUACUAUUUUACUAUUAAAA